AGUAAAAUACUUUAUCCAACAAAAAUCUCCCUCAACAUCUGGGCAUUGUCAUUUAGAUGUACAUUUCAUGCAGUCGUUCGCUUUUUCCAGUAACUGAUUCCGUGUCUAAUCCAGCUCUGGUUUUCUCGUAAUUUCCCGGCUAAAAAUGGGGACAGACACGAGUGCGCGCAUUGUGUCCAGUCUGGUUUGGAUAGAAGACGAAAAAAAUGUGGCGCGCCUACCCAACCCAGACAGCGGCCUGCCUGUCAGUGCCUGGGAUGAGCGAGAGUCAGUAACGUUAGUGCGAGCGAGACCUUGGCUGGGCCACGUAGCGAUGGAUCUACAGUAGCACCGAGUCUACUGCUAACAUAUCAGUGUCAUACAUUCUAAAAAUGCAUUAAACACAUUUACAAUCGAGCAUGCAAUAGGAUUAUCAAACAGUGGUGAACUGCAACAGUAGCUGGCUCUUUUUGUGCGUCUGCAGCACUCCAGAAUCCCUGCAACUCCGAUUGCACGAAAUGAGAAAGAGGGCGCUCUCACCGAAGGUGGCAGAUUGCAGAUGGCUCCUGAAACGAGGCACAGAAGUUCUGACUGCAGCUCAACGUCCGGCGUGAAGCUCACCCUCAAGACAGAAGCUUAAAGACUGAAGCCCUAACGGACAAUAUAACACUGACAGCCUCGAGUGGGAGACUAACCUGAGAGGCUUCAUCUGCGGAGAGACCAAAACCUCAUCGAGGUUGAAGAGCAGACACCCCAGCUUCCAGAGAAGCUUUGAGAUUCAAGCUCAACAGAAGCCCAAGCUUGUAGCAGAAUGCCACUCAUGGUCUGUCCUCAGCCUUUGUCCUGUGCUGAGCAUGGAUCCCCUGUUUGAAUCUGGGUGACGCUUUCUUCCCUUCGCCCCUUCCUCCUUCCUGUCUCCUCAGUGGUUGGAGGGGUGGGGGAUUGCUUCCGUUCCCCCUGCCCCUCCAUACAACAUAGCGAGGUUACUCUCACAGUUUAAGAAUAGCAACACUGCUAACAAACCUCUGGCUGAGCUUCAACUAGCACUACUACAGUCUUCCCCUCCCACACACAUGAAAUCCUGCCAGAGCCUGAAGGGAGAGGUGUCCAGCCCAGGUGGGAUGUCACAGGAGGGGCGCAGAACGCAGCAGGUGGCCCAGUCCUACUACCACUCCCCCGCCCCAGACCUGGACCUAACGGGCAAGCUGUACAAGCGGGAGGGCGGGGGCAAACCUUACUCUGUGCUAGUGGACAACAAGAUGGCAGCCAAGACCCCCAUGGGUGACCAGACUCUCAGUCAGCUGUCCCCGCAGCAUGUUACCUCCCCCCAGCAGCAGUACUACAGAGAGGGGAUAGUAGGGCAGGAUGGGGGCGCGCAGGGGGCCCAGGCAGGCAAUGGGGGCACCUCCGAGGACUCAGAGGAAGAGGAGGAGUCAUUCAAUCGGGAGCAGAUCAUCGUGGAGGUCAACCUGAACAAUCAGACACUUAACGUAUCAAAGGGGGACAAGUCCGUCCCCCAAACCGAUGCCUCAGAGAGACACUGCAGCGAGGAGGAGGAGGAAGAAGAUGUGGAAGAAGAUGAAGUUGAAGAGGAGGAAGAAAUAGAGAGUCGUAGAACGAGAGCCAAGAGGGCUCGGCGUGGGGUGGUCCCCGCUGCCAGCCAGUCCCGGAGGAAGACCCAGUGCACCGCUCUGAGCACCACCGGCAUGACCACCAGGGGCCGACGGAAGAAGACCACCCAGCCACCCAAGAGGACACGCCGGACUGCCAGGGAGGGCAAGGGGACCCCCUCAGCUGGCUCUGCCACAGGGGAUAAAGCGGAUGGGGAGGAGCGGGAGACGCUGGCGUGUGAGAAGUGCCCCCGUGUCUUCAACACCCGCUGGUACCUGGAGAAGCACAUGAAUGUCACACACAGACGCAUGCAAAUCUGUGACAAGUGUGGCAAGAAGUUUGUCCUGGAGAGUGAGCUGGCCUUACACCAGCAGACUGACUGUGAAAAGAACAUCCAGUGCGUCUCCUGCAACAAGUCUUUCAAGAAGCUGUGGUCGCUGCACGAGCACAUCAAGAUCGUGCACGGCUACGCAGAGAAGAAGUUUGCCUGUGAGAUCUGUGACAAGAAGUUCUACACGAUGGCUCAUGUCCGCAAGCACAUGGUUGCUCACACUAAAGACAUGCCGUUCACCUGUGAGACCUGUGGCAAGUCGUUCAAGCGCAGCAUGUCCCUGAAGGUUCACUCGCUGCAGCACUCUGGGGAGAAGCCCUUCCGCUGUGAGAACUGUGCUGAGAGGUUCCAGUAUAAGUACCAGCUACGCUCCCACAUGAGCAUCCACAUCGGACACAAGCAGUUCAUGUGUCAGUGGUGUGGCAAGGACUUCAACAUGAAGCAGUACUUUGACGAGCACAUGAAAACACACACCGGAGAGAAGCCAUUCAUCUGUGAGAUCUGUGGGAAGAGCUUCACCAGCCGGCCCAACAUGAAGCGCCACCGCCGCACCCACACAGGAGAGAAGCCCUACCCCUGCGAGUUGUGCAGCCAGCGCUUCCGCUUCUCCAACAUGCUCAAGGCCCACAAGGAGAAGUGCUUCCGGGUCACCAGCCCUGUGACCCUGCAGGCCAGCAGCCUCCCCCUGCCUCUCCACCUCUCUGCCACCUCCUCCUCUGGCCCCGGCCCGGGCCUCGCCCCCUUAGCUGCCACCACCUCCGCCCCUCUGGGCCUCAGCCCGACAGGGGGGGCUCUUCCCCCACGCGCACCCGUGGGCCACCCCACCUUCUCCCAUCUGCACAUGACCCCCUCUCACCAUCUCCCUCACCACCAAACGUCGCAACAACAGCAGCACCACCCCGGCACGCCCCUGCAAGCACUCCCUCUACCCCACCACCUCCUGCCUGUGCCCCCCGUCUCCCCUCCCCCCGCGCUCUUCAAGAGCGAGCCCCUCACCCACUGUGGGCAUGAGGACAGCAGCUACCUGCGUUACAUGGCACCGCAGGACAAGGGGCCUGGGGCCCCCCAGCAUCACUGAACCCUAUGUGGGCUCCAGGCCUGCCUGCCACACCUCGAUUACCCCCACCCCAACUCUCCCUGGCCCCUGGUGUAGAGCGGCCCCUCGAAGACUGAUAUGAACAAGACACUCAGAGCUCAGUACACACCAGUGUGUGAGGGAUACAGACAGGUACACUUUCAGUCUACACUUUAGAUAAGUGAGUGACCCACUUAGCUAGAGACCCAGGUCAACUGACACAGAUUUUACAACCUCUUGCUCAUAUCUUUUCUUGUGAAAAUAUUCUUAGAAAACCCUGUAUUCUAAGACAACCUGCCUCCCAUGGUAGAAGGCUGUGUGUGUACCGGUAUGUGAGUUAUCCCUUGUUUGUGUCCAUUUUAUCCUCUCCACUAAUGAUUGCUAAUGUCAUUAUUCUGCUAGUGGUUCCUUAUCCAGGUAGCGGAUCAGAACAGAUCCAUUUCAUCAACUUAGUCCUUCACGUCAACUGACUUAAACAACGGUUGCACAGUUCUGGGGGAGUUGUAAGUCCUAAGGCUGACCCGUAGGACCAUGGGGUCACCGAGUUCUCGUUGAAUGUUUACCAUCCUGGUGCCAACUGGGUCUCCCACUGUCUCCUGAGGCAUUCCACACUGGCUCUACCAGCAGUAGGCCAGGAAUCACUGCCACAGGUCACAGUGGGGAGGUUAGAAAAUGGCUGUUAGUGCUACUACUAGUCUGUUGCGACAGAGAUUCUGGUUAAUUGGUGCUUUCCAUUGCAGUACUACACACUUCUAAACACAGGCUAGAUCUCGUCAUAUCUGGAGUGUACUGUAGCAGAGUGGGAUUGGUUGUGUUGUUGUGAUGCAGUUCUGGGAAUUGUCUUCUUGACUGACAUACAGCCUUUGUACAUGUACACACACACACACACUUCAAAAAACAGUAUGACAUCACUGGUCUCACUUCACACAAAAUGCUUGUCAAGGGAUUCUGCUGUUUUUCUGUGUAUUUUCUUUUUUGUCUUCUGUCAUCAAAACAGUUAAAUACUGCCACUGUGACGGGUCCUCACAUACGACCCAACCUGGACCUCGCAUCUCUCUUCUGUCUCUCUCGCUUUCUUUCUCUAUCUCUUUCUUUCUCCGUCUCUCGCUCCUCUGUCUCUCUCCCGCUGCUGCUGCCGAGAUGAUGAUGAUGAUGAUGAUACGGGUCACCCUGUAAAAGGCCAUUAGAACACAUUCAGAAGUUCUGACUUUUUCAGCACAACUCAUAACUGAAAAAUAUGUAUUUUUCCCCAACCAGCCUAUAUUCCACAGCUUGGUGUGGAGCAUGACACUUGUUUGUAAUGUAACAGUUUGUUCUCUUAGUUUUAGGUUACACAAAUAUUGAGGCCCUAUCGCCCACGUUGGCAAAUAGCGAUGAAUCAAAACAUGUUGAAUGUUGCCUAGAUGGAGGGAUAUUGGCUAACGGUUUAGCAAUCAAAUAUGUUAUUUUCGAGUAAUAAUUUCUUGAAAUAUGCUACAUUUGGUUUCAGACUGAAGAAUUGUUCUCACCUCGCUCUGAACAUACUGUUGAGUGAUAGUCAUAGGAAAGGUUGGAGGAUUAUGUCUAACAUGCGUUUCAAUUUCUUGUGUAGAUACAUUUACUCAAGUUGUACAUUUACUCAAAGAAAUCACAUUGGUAUAUGUAACCUUUGUGUGUGUGUGUGUGUGUGUGAAUGUUCCCGCUGUCCCAUUGUAUGAUGUUCUGACAGUCCGGUUGUUGUUCGUGUUGAUGGAUGACAGAGAGAUUCUGUCUUGUGGGAUUGUUGAUAGUGGGUUGCAGGAUGUUGUCCGCCGCCCCUUCACCCUGUCUGGGACUGUUAUCAGAUCAGAAUGAGUGGUGAGGAGCAACAUGUCUCAGUAAUGGCAAAAUGGAACCUCUCUGGUGCUGUUGUACAAAAGCUGCUUUACAUAGUCUCUGGGUCUCUCCCUCUAUGCACACACCCUGCUGAAGCCAUGCCAUCUCUUGAAGGGGGUGCUGGGAGUGAUUUGCACACAAGAAUAUGUCUGAUAUAUGUUUCUGUGGAUUAACAGCUAUAGGUAUAGCGUAGUAGUGGAUCAGGUUACUGUGUUUGCAUAUCGGGAGAAACUGAAGAGGAACAAUAGCAGGCCAUGAGCAAGGCCCAUUGAAUUUGGUUUAACAGUGGACAGAGAUACCCACCCUCUAGAGAGCUACAACCAUUCUGCCGUUACUGUGGGUCUGUUAGUAGGGCCUCUGUAUCGGCUUAACCAUGAGUUACUUAGUGUUUUUCACGAUGUUUCACUAUGAGUUGUAUUUUUUGUUACGUUAGUUUUGAAAAGCUUAUUCAUUUGUGUGUCCUCUGCACUUUACUGCUGCGUGAGUGAGGCACAGUGAAGGGAGGGACUGACGACGCAUUGUGGGAGUGAGUGAUGUGUCGGGUGCAUGGGGGGAGGUGAUUGGUUUGGUGAGUGGCUGUUUGGGCAAGGAAAAGGAGGAGAAUCAAUCUGGACGUGGAGAGUGUGGAAGGGACCAUGGCAUAAGGAAAUGUUUUGUUCAGUUCAUACAUUUUGUUUAUUAUUUCCUGUAAGGAAAUAGACUGGCUCUAAUAUGGACUCCCAAAGAGUGAUCGAGUAGUGUUGUUCCUUCUGCUUUGGCGAUUCUUACACUAGCCCCUCCCUGCUUCAUCUGAUCUGAAAUACAUUUGCGGUGUUUGUCUGCCUCAUAUCUAGUUUCCUCUUUUGUUGUGUAACAUUUUCUCUUCCGAUUUACUGUAUGAUUCUCCUCCUUUCAUAUUUGUAAUAUAGAAUGCACUUUUGACUAAAAUCCUGGCUAGUUACGAAAAAUAGCAAUGUAUAUUCUUUAAAGAUGUUUAAAAAAAAAUCAAUAUACUUUUUCCCCUCAUGUAUUUUUAACCACUUAAUGUAGCAUUGCAUAUUUUAUUAUUGUCUGUAUCUGGUACAAAAUUGUGCGGCUUUAUACUGUCCUGGGUUGUUUUUUUUUU